AUGACUCUAUUAUUACCAACCGUCGGUGUCUUUGAGAAGCGUGCUGCUUCUUUGGAAGGUGGUACAGCCGCCGUCGCGACAGCAUCUGGACAAUCAGCAAUUUUCAAUACCAUCAUUUGCCUUGCAGGCGCUGGUGAUAAUAUUGUUGCUUCUAUAAAUCUCUAUGGAGGUACUUACAGUCUCUUCAAUACUUUACUUCCCCGCCUUGGGAUUACUGUGAAGUGGGCGAAAGAAGAGACGAGAGAGGAAUUUGCAAAAUAUGUGGACGAGAAGUCAAAACUUCUUUACGUCGAGAGUAUUGGAAACCCUCGAUGCAGUGUUCCAGAUCUGCAGGACUUGGCAAAUUUGGCACACCAAAACCUGGUUCCGCUUGUGGUGGACAACACUUUUGGAGCAUGCGGGACUUGGUGUCGACCGAUAGAUUUUGGUGCGGACAUUAUAUUGCAUUCAGCAACUAAAUGGAUAGGAGGCCAUGGCACCACAAUAGGAGGCGUUGUAGUUGAUUGCGGAAUGUUUGAUUGGGGCAAAGCUGGCGAAAAGUUUCCUCGUAUGAUUACGAAAAGGUCCACCGGCGUGUCACACUGGAAAGCAUUUGGGAACAUAAGCUUCGCCAUGGCAAUGCGAAUAGAUUCAAUGGAGGUGGGAUCAGUCCUAGCCCCGGCAUCAGCACAGCAACUGCUGAUUGGAAUGGAAACACUGAGUUUACGAUGCGAGAGACAUAGCAGGAACUCGAUGCAGAUUGCUCACUUCUUGCAAUCACACCCACGGAUAGCUUGGGUGAAUUAUCCUGAGAAGCUGAUUCAAGCACUCGCAGGUCUAGCAGACAAUCUGUACCACAAUAAUGCCAAAAAGUACCUAAAAAAUGGCUUUGGGAGUGUAAUGGCUUUUGCGCCAAAGGGUGGGGAUGUGGCUAGUAAGUUGUUGAUGAAUUACAUUAAUGUGAUAUCCCACCAAACUAAUGUUGGUGAUGCGAAAACACUGGCAACCCAUCCGUGGAGUUCGACACACGUAACCAUGUCAGAGAAAGACAGACGCGAAGCUGGAAUUACUCCUGCGUUUAUUCGAUUCUCGAUCGGCAUUGAGGACGUCCAAGAUAUCAUCGAUGACCUUGACCAAGCACUAGCUAAACUUCCUGAUAACAUCAUCGAAGCUUAUAACUAG